AUGCUACAAUGCGUUCGAUUUAUACGGCCAAGAAUUGGUCUAAAUCACAUCUUAAGACGAACAGUGCAUUCUGACUCCGGUCUAUCUCAAGUGUUAUUAACUAGAGCCCGAUUGUUGGCCACCGAGUAUGCGAAUCUUACCGAUAGACUGGCAGAGUCAUUUGAUGCCAAAGUUGCAAAGCGGGCUGGAGAGCUGGCACCGGUUACUUCUGCCUUGAAGGAAUGGGAUAAUGCCAAGGAUUCCAUUCUCGAAUUAAAAUCUCUCCUGGAGGAUCAGCAAACAGACGAGGAAUUGCGCUCCCUCGCAACGGAGGAUUUGGAUACAACCAAUGAUGCUAUGCCGGCCAUAUUGGAUCGAUUAAAGAAGUCGCUGAUUCCCCGGCACCCAUUUGCAGCACUUCCUUGCCUGAUCGAGAUUCGGCCCGGCGCGGGAGGCGAUGAAGCGGGUCUUUUUGCGUAUGAGAUGCUACGCAUGUAUCUUUCAUUCUGUUCCCGUCGAGGGCUCCGACCUACGAUAUUGAAGCAGGACGUGGAGGAUGGCCCAUCGGAGGAUCGACUAAGUGAAGCCGUAAUUGAAAUUGAAGCAGAAGGCGCAUAUGAUAUUCUGCGAACGGAAUCCGGGGUUCAUCGCGUGCAAAGAGUGCCGGCCACAGAGACCAAAGGCCGUACCCAUACCAGUGCUGUCAGUGUCAUGGUCUUGCCAAGCUUUCCAGAAUCUGGAAGUGGCAUGGACAAUGCUUUGAACUUUGAAGAUCCAACGAGCGAUUACUACAUUGAUCCGCAGGAAGUGCGCAUAGAGAAAAUGCGAGCCUCCGGUGCUGGUGGACAGCAUGUGAACAAGACCGAAUCUGCGAUCCGGCUGACCCAUUUCCCCACGGGUACCGUGGUUUCCAUGCAGGAUGAGCGGUCUCAACAGGCUAACCGCAGAAAAGCCUGGCAGGUUCUGCGGGCCAAGAUCGCCGAAGCCCGCCAAGAGGCUCGAGAGCAGGAGCUGGUUGAGCUCCGACGAGGCGUUUUGGGUGGAGUGGCUCGCAUGGGCCGUGGUGAUAAGAUCCGCACGUACAAUUUCGGUCAGAGCCGUUGUACGGAUCAUCGUUGUGGUACCACAAUCCACAACCUUGAUUCAAUCCUGGACGGGGGCGAUGGCUUGGAAACGGUUAUGGAGAACGUGCGUACUUGGAUGGCAGAACGUGAGGUUGAGGCAAUGGUGGCGGAGGAUUUGGCCAAAACCAAGGCGAACAAGUAA